AUAAAACCAUUUAGAAAAAAGAGACGUGGAAAGCUUUAGUUACUCACACACCGGUAAAAUAAUUAAAAAAUACAUAAUUACUUUUUUUAAAAAUUUAUAGUUACUAAAUUCAUAAAUCGAUUGUUGGGAAUAAUAUUCAAAAUUUAUGACUGAGAUAAUUUAAAUAAAUUAUUUCGCUAAUUAUUUUUUUCAAGUAUCCACACAACGAAUUGUUGACUGUACAUAACACCUCAUAAUGGCGGUAAAAGGACUGGUUGCUAGUAUUAUUAAAUUUUUAAUGCAACAAUUAGAGGAAGGUGAUAUCACAGCAGACUCACGUGAAAGUCUUGAGGUUGCUAUUCAAUGUCUAGAGAGUGCGUACAAUGUGCAAGCUAACGACUCACCAGCGAAUUUUGAUUUACUCAGUAACUACAAAACAGCUGUAGAAAAUUUAAUAACAUUGCCAGCGGAUGAAGCAACAUCUGAAGAAAAAGCUGAAGCUGAAAAGUAUAAAAAUGAGGGCAAUAAUUUAAUGGGUAAAGGAAAUGUUGAAGAAGCUAUUGAACAGUACACCAAGGCUAUAAAAUUAGAUGGACGUAAUGCUGUAUAUUAUUGUAAUCGGGCAGCAGCUUAUAGUAAAAUAAAUAAUCAUCGCGAAGCAAUAAAAGAUUGCAAGACAGCAUUGAUGAUUGAUCAAAAAUAUAGCAAAGCUUACGGACGAAUGGGAUUGGCAUACUCGAGUUUAAACGAACACAAAGAGGCCAAAGAGUGUUAUGAGAAAGCUUUGGAACUAGAACCGACCAACGAGAGCUAUAAAAAUAAUUUGCAUUUAACAGAAGAAAAACUAGCACAGCAGGGUGUCAGUAAUAUUGGCCUUGGUGGUGCUGGUAACGUUGCAGGUUUUCCAGAUAUGAGCACCCUGCUCUCACACCCUGUGUUGAUGAACAUGGCCAGACAAAUGCUGGCCGAUCCUGGUAUGCAGACGGUCAUGAGUGACUUUAUGAGCGGCAAUGUUGAGUCCAACGACCGUAUGGAAGCUCUGAUCCAAGCAGGACAGCAAUUAGCACAACAAAUGCAAAGUGCCAAUCCAGAAUUAAUUGAUUUACUGAGAAGACAAAUGGGCGGCAACCCAAAUGAUCCAGAUCCUCCACAACAAAAUUAAACAAAAUCACAUAGAUUGAUAUCGAUUUAUAUAAUUGGUGAUAAACACAGGCUACUGUAAAAAGAAAAAGUUUUUUUUAAACCUUUUUUAAGUAGUCGCCUGGAAUUUUUUUAAAUAUCAAUUUUUUUUUGAUUAAAUAAUUUAUAUUAUAUACAUUUGGAUUAUUAAAAAAAAAUUUGGUCUCCAUGUAUCCAUAUUGUUAACAAAUAUAUAGAAAUCAAUACGUA